ACCAGCCUCCGUACAGAUAUGAUGUGUCUCUUGAGUCAUUGACCGCACAUACGGUCACGCGGUAAAAAACUUUAUUAAAAAAACACUUCAACGUACAAAACUGAUGUAGCGCAUUGCUGCUUUAACAAUUGCGACAUUAUACAAUGUGUUAUGAGUUUUAUGAAUGCAAUUAGUGGUAAAGAAUAUCAGAUCCAGCGCUCGGAUUAAUAAGUGACAUAAAACGAGUCAUAUGUAAAGCGUUCGUUGUGCUAAAGAGGGUGAAACUUAGACAAAAGGUGACAAUGGGUAGCUGGUUAAGCUAUCUUUGGUGGGGUGGAGACCCAGAUAUAGUGAACACACAGUCUGGUCUGACGAGACGUGAGGUUUACGCAGUUCAGCAGUCAUGGGCGCCAGUGUAUGCGAACUCUGUUGCAAAUGGAACCGAGUUGUUAAGGAGAUUGUUCCGAGCAUAUCCAGAAACGAAGGAUUUUUUUAAAAUGGUGAAGAAGUCUUCAGAAGAGGAUUAUUCUCAAAACCCUCAGUUCAAAGCGCACGUGAUCAAUUUGAUGAGCUCCAUUAACUUGGCAGUUCUCAACCUCAAUCAGCCAGAAGUUGUCACCGCCAUGAUGAAUAAACUAGGAGAGUCGCACGGGAGACGAAAAAUACAAAAAGAACAUUUUUAUAGCUUAAAGGACGUCAUAGUGAAGAUGUUCAUCGAAGUUUUAAAACUGGAAGGAGCGACGCUCGCUGCUUGGGGCAAGACAGUGGACUUUUGGUACAAGCACAUCUUUGAAACGUUAAGUCAAGGAGACACGAGAUAACGCCUGAAGCCUAUCAUACUUACAAAGAAAUAAAUUAAUUCUAUAGCUUUGCAUCUUAGUUAACCCAACUAACAUUUGCAUAACUUAAAUAUCUUUAUUACGAAAUGAUACCGGAAAUUAAUAUUCAGAAUCACUAAUAAUUUAUAAAAGGCCUUUUAUCAAUAAUAUUUAAAGUUAAUUAUAAAAUAGUUAUAAAAUUUUAUAAAAUUUGAUAAAUAGCUAUAAAACUGCUUAUUUAUUAAUCUAUUGAAUAGGCAGUUGUUUUGAUUAAAUAUAUUAGUAAAAUAUAUUAUAAUAAUAUUAAAAAAAUACAUAUAUUUUAACAUAUCAUAUGAUUUGUAAUGUAAUGUAUCUUUGAAUUUAUAAAUUCAUAAUUUUUACAGUUUUAUAAUAAAUACGUUGUCGUUCUAGCAAGAAUCAAAAUGAUUUCGUGAUUACCCCGUGGAACAUUUCUGGACGCUAACUACGUAUUCGUUGGUAAAAUUGAUCCAUUGCGAGAGAAACACAUAUGUAUGUUUAUGUAUCGUGUGAGAGUUCAAGGAACUGUACUAGGGCGCUAAUCAUAUAAUGCUAAAUAUAUGAUAUGUAAACUUUAUAUGACUCUAAUUAAAUAAAAUUUAAAACAACAAAUUGUGUAAUUUUAUCCUAUUUUCAAUGUGAUUGUUUUAUUUAAGUACAGUACAGUAACAGUAACAGCCUGUUAAUGUCCCACUGCUGGGCUAAGGCCUCCUCUCCCUUUUGAGGAGAAGGUUUGGAGCUUAUUCCACCACGCUGCUCCAAUGCGGGUUGGUAUUUUAUUUAAGUGAUCAUAAUUUAUUGUUAAAAGGCACCUAUUUUUAAUAUGAUGCAGUUAUAAGUACAUUUCAUUUCGGAUAGAGCACGGAACUAACAUUUAAAAUAAAUUAAUAACUAAAAUACACCUAUUAUUAAUAACCUAUCUAUAUAUAAACGAAUAAUCGUCAUACUUGUUUAAUUUUUUGUGUAAUUUUUUUUAUAAUUUAGACAAUUUUUUCAUUCACCAUUUAUACUAUAAACCUAAAUUUAUACUAAAAAAACCUUUGAAAUUUAAAAUUGAUGAAAGUUAAGUAUCACCAGGUGGGCCAAGAACAAAAGCCCGGCGGGUCGCAUGAGGCCCGCGGGUCGCAGUUUAAGUACCGCUGGCCUGUGGAUGGAGUCGCAGGGAAUAACUAGUUGUUAACAAAAUAGCAUAACUUUGGCCACACAUGUAAAAUGGGAUUUGCUUGCAUUCUCAAUGCAAACACUAAAACUAUAUAAACUAUAAGUUGAUAUAUCGUUGAUUUUUUUUUGUUUUUUGACACUAAUUAUUUUUUAACAAUAAUAUUCUGAACAAUAACAAAACAAAAUAUAAAAACAGAAAAAGCUUCGACGUAUAAAACAGCUUUAUAGUAAUAUAUCGAAAUGCGACGAACAACAGACGUAAUAUAAUAUUGAAUUACUUUUAAUCAUUAUGUAAAUACCAUAGAACGCAUGCAUGUUUUGUAAAUAUGUGCAGAGUACUAAAUUAGAUAACAUACAAUGAUAUGUGCAAAUAUUGUUUUAAUUUUACACAAUUUGUUAAAACAGUAAGAUAUAAUUUACUUGUAAAUAAAUAUUCACAUUACCUAA